AUUGGAAAAAUGAAACGGAGGAAGCAAGACGAAGGGCAGGUAUGUCCCCUCUGCAGCCGACCUCUGUCAGGAUCCGAGGAGGAGAUGAGUAGGCAUGUGGAACAAUGCCUUGCAAAGAGAGAAGGUUCAUGCAUGACUGAGGAUGACUCUGUGGACAUCGAGAAUGAGAACGGCAACCGCUUUGAAGAGUACGAAUGGUGCGGGCAGAAGAGGAUACGGGCUACUACUCUCCUAGAGGGAGGAUUUCGAGGUUCUGGGUUUAUCAUGUGCAGCGGCAAGGAGAAUCCAGACAGCGACGCUGACCUGGAUGUGGAUGGAGACGACACACUUGAAUACGGCAAACCACAGUACACAGAGGCAGACGUUAUCCCUUGCACUGGGGAAGAGCCAGGUGAAGCCAAAGAGAGGGAGGCGCUCCGAGGUGCUGUUUUAAAUGGUGGGACACCCAGUACUCGAAUAACACCGGAGUUUUCUAAAUGGGCCAGCGACGAAAUGCCCUCAACAAGUAAUGGUGAAAGCAGUAAACAGGAGACCAUGCAGAAGACCUGUAAGAACAGUGACAUUGAAAAAAUUACAGAAGACUCUGCAGUGACAACAUUUGAAGCGUUAAAGGCUCGUGUCCGUGAGUUAGAAAGGCAGCUUUCCCGUGGGGACCGCUAUAAAUGUCUCAUUUGCAUGGACUCCUACACAAUGCCCCUGACUUCCAUUCAGUGCUGGCAUGUGCACUGUGAAGAAUGCUGGCUGCGGACUCUGGGUGCCAAGAAGCUCUGUCCCCAGUGUAACACCAUCACGUCUCCCGGAGACCUUCGGCGCAUCUACUUAUGAAGGACCCAGCGGGAGGGCGGGACCCAGCUACUCGGCUCAGCUCAUCACACCAAGGGGGAGAAGAACGACAGCAACAAAAAAAAGACGUUUUAAAAUUUUAAAAAAAAAAACAACAGAGACUCCAAACAUGGACUCGAGGAUACAGGAGAAGGAUACAGAACCAGUGGGGAGCCGUGGCCCCCAGGUCCCGCGUGUUGAGACCUCCUUCCAGCGUCUGCAGCGGGCAAAACCAAACCCUUUGUUGUGAAGCCCCCUUUUUUAAAACCAGUAUUCCCCAUCCACCCGUUCCCUGGAGCUGGCUUUGCAUCGCGGAUGGCUUGUGAGCCCUCCUUUGGACUGUGUUGUUGACCACUCUGCCCCCAGGAGACUGGGGAAGAGACCCUUGACAGAAAGAUGUUAAAUAACCUGUAACUUGUGUUCUUUGUUCAGUUUUUUGUUUUGUUUUUAUUUGUUUUGGUUUGGUUUUUGGUUUGGUUCUGUUUUGCUUUUUUGUGGUGUUCUAGUGAUAAAAAAAGGUUUAAAGAAAAAAACAACACAC